CCCUUGAAAAGCUAGCGUCACUCUUGUUCUCUUUAGGGCUCUUUUGAAACACACGGAGCUUAAACUUAGAUACGCUCAUAGGUUUGUCCGUACUGAAAACCUAUAGACGAGAAAUAUUGAACCAGAAAAAGGAGAGAAAAACCUUUAAAAGCUUAAACAAGAGCAGCCAUGGAAAUGUCGAACGAACUCGAUAGGCUGCUCUUUUUCGAGCAAGCUCGUAAAAUAUCCGAAGCUACUUACGCUGCCAAUCCUCUCGACGCCGAUAACUUGACCAGAUGGGCCGGAGCUUUGCUGGAGUUGUCUCAGUUUCAAAGCGUUCCAGAUUCCCAGAAAAUGAUUAAAGAUGCUAUUUCGAAGCUAGAGGAGGCUUUGUCAAUUAACCCUAAAAAACAUGAUGCUCUAUGGUGUUUGGGAAAUGCUCAGACUUCUUUUGCAUUUCUUACUAACAAGGAGGACGAGGCGAGGCCUUAUUUCGAAAAGGCUGCUCAAUAUUUCCAGCAAGCUGUUGAUGAGGACCCGAGCAAUGAAGUUUACCUCAAAUCUUUAGAAAUUUCUGCUAAGGCUCCAGAAUUACACCAGGAAAUUAUUAAGCAUGGUUUAGGUCAACAAACACUUGGGGCUGGACCUUCUUCUUCUACUUCUUCCAGUUCAACAAAGACUGCUACAAAGAAUAAGAAAAGUAGUGAUCUCAAAUACGACAUAUUUGGAUGGAUAAUCCUUGCUGUUGGCAUUGUUGCAUGGGUUGGGUUUGCGAAAUCUCAAAUGCCACCUUCCCCACCACCACCACCACCGCGAUAAAGCAAUGGAUGCAUGCCUUGAGGGGAUUCAAACAGCCUUGAGGCUUCUGGGUUGAGACAUUGGGAGAAAAAUUGAGAAUCGUAUGUUUUGUUAGUUAUUUUUUUUGACCUUAGUGCUUCCAUUUCAAUGAACCAAUGAUCAAAUAAGUUUAAAAAAAAAGUCAUUUCUGUAUGAAACUAUGAUUUUUCUCCAGAGAUAAGAAAUGUCAUGUCAACGUUGUGCACUUUUGGGCCACA